CGAACCGCUAGAGCUUGAGGAACAACUUCCUCGGAAUGCAGGAGUAGCCAAAUCAAUGGGCGUGACAUAACGGUAACUGCCACCGGAGGAGGGGAUGCGAGAAGAGACCGGGCACCGGACACCUCUCGCGCACACACCAUCCAGAAUUUAAAUAUUCCGCCCGCACUCUCACUACUACAGUAUUCAAGGCGCGACUCGAACUAUAGCAGAAAACAGGUGGAAAGGAGAUAGACAAGCAAAACCUUUUCACAACUCAGAGAUUGUGUUUACUGAUUCCGCUAUUCUGCCGGGUAAAAGGAACAUAGGUAGAUAGACCUAAUUGGAAGGAUAACGACAGCAGGUGUAGUGAGAAAGGGUGGGCAGCAAGAUAACCGUAGCCUUUGGACACACGCACCCAAAGGAUUCUUCGUUUUUUCGCCAACAGAAACGUAUUUAUUUAGGAAUCAAAAUAAUCCACAAAAUCGUAUUUUUUUUCAAGAUGGCAAACUCGGGAAUUCAACUUUUAGGAUUCGCCCUGUCACUCGUCGGUGUUAUUGCACUGAUCGUGGGGACCAUUCUGCCACAGUGGAAGAUGUCUGCGUACAUAGGAGACAACAUCAUAACGGCGGUUGCCAUGUACCAAGGAUUAUGGAUGUCUUGCGCUUUUCAGAGCACAGGGCAGCUCCAAUGUAAAAUAUACGACUCGAUCCUGCAGCUCGACAGUGCUCUCCAGGCCACCCGUGCCCUGAUGAUCGUUGGCAUCAUCGUAUCUAUCGCUGGGCUGGGCGUGGCCACUAUGGGCAUGAAGUGUACCACCUGCGGAGGGAACAACAAAGUGCGCAAGUCUCGGACCGCCAUGACUGGAGGCAUCAUCCUACUGAUUGGAGCUCUGUGUGCAGUAGUGGCCUGUUCGUGGUUCGCUCACAAUGUCAUCCGGGCCUUCUAUAACCCUUAUACUCCUGUCAACACCAAGUUUGAGUUUGGAGCAGCCAUCUUCAUUGCUUGGGGAGGUUCUUUCCUGGAUGUGCUGGGGGGAGCCAUGCUGGCAUCUUCCUGCCCCAGGAGUAAAAAGCCGGUGCCCAAAUACCCCGCCAUGAGUGGCGUGAGCGCCCGCUCCCCCCCCAGCAGCACCAAGGAGUAUGUGUGAGUGCCCUCUACUGCCCGUAACCGGAAUAACAGAAGCUUGAAUAUGAAAGAGUUUGUACAUGGAGUCGAACCUGACUAGUCUGUUGUACUUAUGGGGUGACAUUUUUGUGGCGCAAAAGAGCACAGAUAUGUACAAGAAAUACCGUAAACUUCAUUAUAUUCUGGCACCGUGAUUUCAUCUGAAACUUUUCUUCAACAAUGUGUAUUAAGGAUGCGGUUAUUUAACUAGAGUUUAGUAAACUGAGCAAUGCAUAAAGAGUAACGCAUGAGUUUCAAAUUAAACCAGCUGCCAGAUUAUAAUGAGAUUUACUGUAAAAGAAAUUUGCACAGAUCUGUGCUCUUUUGGACAGCGUAAAUGUUGCCCAUGAAGUUUGCAUUUGGGGGGCAUAUCGGGAUAGUAUGACAGGAUGACAAAAAAAGAAAGAAUUACUGGAUGUGAAUAUAGUUUUACAGAGGAGACCGCCCGACCCCCACCCCAACAAGACUCUAUCAUGCAGUAGUUUGUUUUUGAGUGACGUCUCUCACCCCCUCCCAACAUUCCACAAUUGUUUAUGAGUUUAUGAGUGGACCUCACAAAUACACUGUAAUUGGUUAUUGGAAGCGCCUUAUAUUAACAGACCAUGUCUUAGGGUGUAUGUUCUCGUAUUACACACACACACACACACACACACACACACACACACACACACACACACACACACACACACACACACACACACACACACACACACACACACACACACACACACACACACACACACACACGUAUUACAGCCAAGAUGCAGCAUCAUGGCAAACACUGUCACCCCCCUGUAAGAAACACUGUGCAUUUAAUUUAGCAUUUCCAUUGUAAUUGAAGGUAAUAAAUUAAACUCUGUGUGGUGCUAAGGGCAUACUUUUGGCAUACUCAGGGGAUAGCUAUGUAUGUAUAAUAGCAAAAGGGACUAGCGCGCCACCAGUUCUUUUACAAUGGAGUUUUCUGUCGACAUGACUGUCACCAAGGGCGUUCAACGUUCAAGCCAAGUGUUGACGUCACACUAGUUGUGAGUGACUGCAUACACUAUGGUGAAUCCCCAAGCAAUUCCCCACUGCACUCCAAAAGGGAGAGGGCUUUUCAUACAGGUCUGCAAUAUACUCUAUCCCAUUAUAAAAUAUCUUUCACCACAGUCAUUCUUAACAGGUGCCUUGACUAUUGCUAAGGAGUGUUUGUUUGUUUUUAUUACUGAAAUACACAAUAUAUAUUAUUAUCAUCAAACAGGUUUUUAUUUAUGUGUUUGACCAUUUGUUAAUUACUCUGUAUGAAGUCUUGCUCUGUUCUGAUGUCCACACUAGUAUUCUACUUAGGGCGGAGCAAUAUGUUUGGAAUGCAUUCUAUAUAGUAUGCUAGUGUUGAGCUCUGAUUGUAGCCUCUGUUUGUGUUUUAAAUGUAGCAGAAUAUGGUAGUACCAUUCCCAAGUGCUAGUGUAGCCUUGUGUCUCCAGUACAGUCUUGUGUUUUUGCUUUUAGCUUUAGAUAGCAUAAAUAAUAUUUUAUGUUUGAUAUUUGUGAUCACUGAGAAAGCUCAACCAUCCUGCCUUUGACUGAGAAGAUGCUCAGUGGAAUUUUAACCGUGGGUGCUUUUGUAUUAGGUGAUGUUGUAAGCAUAGAAAUACAAUUAUUAGAUAGUAAUAGUAACCAGAUUACUAAAUAGUAAUUAUAUUUCUAUGGUUGUAAGAUGUCCAAUGUUUCUAGAAAUGUGUAUUUUAAUAAAUGGCCAUGUAGCUUACUACAUAAUACAUGUUCUUCUACAAUUUGUAUAUCUAGCCCAUUUGUCUUUUAUUGAAAGUUCAUCCAAUGGUUCUUGUUUUCUCAUAACAACAGUUCAAAUGCAAUGUUAUAACUGUCAUAUCCCAAUAUGGAACAUCUCUGAUAAUAAAAUACACAACAGGAAUAUUAUACAACGGGUGAUGUGUGUUCUUUGUCAUAUUUGGUUCGACAUGGGGGCUCGUAUUUGGCUGUUUAGAAGUACGACACGGGCGAGUGUAAUUCUGGAGGUUGCAUUUCAAUCAUAAUGAUAUAAUAAACGUUCCAUUAAAAAAAGAAAAGCUCUUCCCUCCUUUAUUACCAAUAAUGAAUUAUUAUGCAAAAAUCAUCACAUUUUCAUGCAAACAUUCCCAAUGCACAUAACAAUUCCAUCCAUUUAAGCCAUGUGAUCAUGACAGCGUCACUAUUAGCUAUGCUGUGAAAUGCAAUGUUUCACUGAAAGUAGUGACCAGUGUACAAGAAAGUUACAGGCAUUAGUUAGGUCAAUAUUGUCCUUAUAGUCCACAUUAAAUAUUAUAUGUGUCCCAAACGGCACCCUAUUCCCUAUAUAAUGCACUACUUUUGACUAUGGCCCAUAGGACCUAUGUAGGGAAUAGGGUGCCGUUUGGGACUCAACCUUUAUGAUAAAAACAUUUAAACGAAGAAGAAAGUAGCCCUUCUGGACAGGAAGUAUACCCCGACUUGUUGAUGCUUAAAUAGAAUCCGUGCAUAGAAAUAUGUAAAGUUUCAUCGUCACAUAUUUAACAGUCAUUCCCACAAAGUGCACCAUUACGCAAUAACAUAAGAAAACCAACAUAAACCAUAUAUUAUAUCAACUCUUAAAAAAAAUGUGCUGGAAAAUAAUAGCCAUCCAUAAUUGAUUUAAAACAAGGUAAUAAACCAAAACAAUAUUUUUUUGUAAAUAUAAAUGAUCAGUAGUAACCUUUUCCAACUGUCCCUGCAUUCCAAAACAGUGAUCAUUCAGCAGUAACCUGAUACUCCACAAGGUGAGAGAACCACAGAUUUAGAUUAAAUCACAACUGUCAGUAACUCAAUGUUCCACCUGUACGUUACAUGUUAACAGGCUUCCGUCCUGCCUUCUUCUACAAAACAUCCACCUUGUAAAAUCAGUAACCAAGAAGAAAACUGUAUUCAUAGCCUCUGUGUGCUGAUCUAAGAUCAGAUUUGCCUUUUAGAUGAUAUU